AGCCAGACCCUGGUCCGACUGUUGCUCAAUCCCCAGGAGCUGGUUCAGCGCCUGAUGUCCUGACCCUCUCCUUUCUGCAAUUCAAGGGAAAGACAAGAUCUUGCACAAGGCACCCUGAAUCUGCUCUCUGCAAGGGGAGGGUGACAUGGAGCCUCUCUGGCUGCUCAUCCUGCUCUCUGUCACAGUGUUGUCUCUGGCCCACAACACCACGGUGUUCCAGGGCAUGACAGGCCAGUCCCUGUGGGUCUCCUGCCCCUACGACUCCUUGAAGCACUGGGGGAGACGCAAAGCCUGGUGCCGCCAGCUGGGUGAAGGGGACCAAUGCCAGCGGGUGGUCAGCACCCACAGCUCAUGGCUGCUGUCCUUUGUGAAGAGGCGGAACGGGAGCACGGCCAUUGCAGACGACACCCUGGGUGGCACGCUUACCAUUACACUGAAGAAUCUUCAAGCUCACGAUGCUGGCCUCUACCAGUGUCAGAGUCUCCGUGGCAGUGAGGCUGACACCCUCAGGAAAGUCCUAGUGGAGGUAUUGGCCGACCCCCUUGAUCACCAGGACCCCGGUGAGCUCUGGAUCCCCAAGGAUGCCCAGGUGGAGCACAGCAUCUCCAGGAGCCUCUCAGAAGAGGAGAUCCCCCUUCCAUACACUUCCAUCCUUUUCCUCCUGGCCUGCAUCUUUCUCAUCAAACUUCUAGCAGCCAGUGCCCUCUGGGCUGCGGCCUGGCAUGGGCAGAAAUGGGAGACAUCCCCAGCCAGGGGACCUGACUGCGGCCAUGACCCAGGCCACCAGCUCCAGACUCUAACAGGCCAGGGCUUGGCUGAGGAGCUGGAGGCAUCUGUGGGGGGCUCCCUUCAGGUGCUCUGUUUCUAUGGACUCCAGGACAUCAAGGGCCAGAAGGUGUGGGGCCGGUUCUUGCCAGAGGGGUACCAGCCCUUGGUGUCUUCAGCAGUGGAUCGCAGAGCACCAGAGCACAGCCGCACAUUCCUCACCGACCUGGGGAGUGGCCUGCUCCAGGUGGAGAUGAUUGCCCUGAGGGAGGAGGAUGCUGGGGAUUACGGCUGUGUGGUGGAGGGGGACACUGGGCCCCAGACAGUGCACAGAGUGACUCUGAAAAUCCUCCCUGCAGCUCCUGGCCUGAACAAAGAAGAGGUUGACAAUUUGGCUGACGACCUUUCUUCAGGCUCUGUAGCCAGUGCCAGCCCUCUGGAACCCAGGCAGGAUGAGAAGAGCAACCCCCUGAUCUGGGGCUCUGCGCUCCUGCUGGGCUUACUGGUGGUGGCAGUGGUGCUGUUUGCUGUGUUGGCCAGAAAGAAAGGGAACAGGCUUGGUUUCUGUGGCCAAUCCGAGAGCAGUGGAGCUCCAGACAUGGCACCCUCCUCAAUGGUCCACAUCGAUGAUUCUGGACUGGCUGUAGAUGUGCCAUCGAACGUACCAUAUGCGAGGCUUGACUCACCACCUUCCUUUGAUGAUACCACCUAUACCAGCCUACCUCUUGAGCCCCCAUCAAGGAAACCCCCAUACCCAGCUCCAUCCUCCUCAUCCCCUCUGACUCCUGAGGUCUUGACCUGCUCCAAUACUGUGACAUAUGCCACAGUCAUCUUCCCUGGAGGGGACAAGAGUGGAGGGGGCUCUGGGGAGCCAGCCCAGGAUCCUCCUAAUAGCCAGACUCCACCCAGCUGAGCUGCUCACCACACUGUGUGCUCACAGAGACUGUCCUGGGCUUCUUUCUGUGCGUCCACCCAGCCAGUCCAUGCCCUACGUCCUUAGUGUGUCAGAGCAACUGGGGAUGUUAGGGCCUAAUCUAAUGUCUUGACUUUUCUAAUCUUGAAAGUGACGAUUGGGUGUGAUUGAGGUGUCUUGGAGAAGUCUCCCAUGUUGGUUCCUCUGCCAUUACACCCCUGGGCUAAAUAAAUGUUAAAUGAUGAUAUAU